CUAUUUUUUCGCGCACAUGCCGUCUCCACCUCGUCUCGUCGUCUGCUCCAUUUCUAAUCUUACCUAAACCUGCUUGCUCUACCACUACAACAUCCCCUCUGUGGUAUGAGAGAGGAGAGGUCGGACAUGUCGGAGGACGAGGACGGUGGAGGAGGAGUGGAGCAGAAGGAGCGCUGGGGGCCGUCUCAUGGCGGCGGCGGCGGCGGCUGCGGUUCCGCUAAGAGCCGGGGUGGAGUCUGGACGGAUCCGCCGCCGCCCUUCUCCGACCAGGUGCUGGAGAACGUGCUCGAGAAUGUCCUCCAGUUCCUGGUGUGUCGCCGGGACCGGAACGCCGCGUCGCUGGUCUGCCGGUCGUGGUACCGGGCGGAGGCCCAGACCCGGGGCGAGCUCUUCAUCGGCAACUGCUACGCCGUCUCCCCCCGGCGGGCGACCGAUCGGUUCCGCCGCGUCCGGUCGGUCGUCCUCAAGGGCAAGCCCCGGUUCGCUGAUUUCAGCCUGGUGCCCCUCGGCUGGGGCGCCCACUUCUCACCCUGGGCCUCCGCCAUGGCCACCGCCUACCCCUGGCUCGAGAGGAUCUGCCUCAAGCGGAUGUCCAUCGCCGACUACGACCUCUCCCUCCUCGCCUUCUCCUUCCCCUUCUUCAAGGAUCUCACCCUCAUCUGCUGCGACGGGUUCGGCACCCUCGGCCUAGCUGUCAUCGCCGAGAAGUGCAGGCAUCUGCGGGUGCUAGAUCUGAUAGAGGCCUAUUUGGAGGAAGAAGAGGAGGAUGAGGUCGUGGAUUGGGUUUCCAAGUUCCCACAGACAACAACGAGCUUGGAGACACUCGGGUUCGAUUGUGUGGUCUCCACAGUCAAUUUCGAGGCAUUGGAGGCGCUCGUCGCCCGAUCUCCUGCCCUCCGGCAGCUGCGGGUGAAUCACCAUGUCACCGUAGACCAGCUCUUCCGUCUCAUGGUGCGGGCGCCCCAGCUCACCCACCUUGGCACAGGGUCCUUCGGACACCCUGCAGCCCUGGCUCUACAAGGAGACGUAAUGGAGCAUGACGCUGAUCUCGUAUCUGCCUUUGCUGCCUCCAAGUCGAUAGUCUCUCUCUCAGGCUUCCGCGAUGUUGCAUCUCAGUACCUCCCUGCUAUUUACCCAGUCUGUGCCAAUCUCACUACCCUCAACUGUAGCUUCGCCGAGAUAACUGCUGAUGAGCUGAAGCCCGUGAUCCACCAUUGCCAUAAUCUUCAGAAAUUCUGGGUUCUUGACACGGUGCGUGAUGAGGGGCUUCAAGCAGUGGCAGCCACAUGUAAGGACCUCCGAGAGCUGAGGGUGUUCCCUUUAAAUGCAACAGAGGACUCCGAGGGGUUUGUCUCAGAUGUUGGUCUUGCAGCUAUUUCUCAGGGUUGCCGGAGGCUCCGAUCAAUUCUAUAUUUCUGCCAGCAGAUGACUAAUAAGGCAGUUAUAACAAUGUCCAAGAAUUGCCAGGAACUCGUUGUGUUUCGCCUUUGUAUCAUGGGUCGCCACCUCCCUGACCACCUUACCAAGGAGCCCAUGGAUGAGGGAUUUGGGGCUAUAGUGAUGAAUUGCAAGAAGCUAACUAGGCUUGCAGUUUCGGGGUUGCUCACCGACAAGGCAUUUGGGUAUAUUGGAAAAUAUGGGAAGUCAAUAAGAACUUUAUCUGUUGCUUUUGCAGGGGACAGUGACGUGGGGCUAAGGUAUGUGCUCGAAGGGUGCCCCAAAUUGCAGAAGCUUGAGAUCAGGGAUAGCCCUUUUGGGGAUCCAGCACUCCUCUCGGGGAUUCACCAAUACUAUAAUAUGAGGUUCUUGUGGAUGAAUUCGUGCAAGCUGUCUAUUAGGGGUUGCAACGAUGUAGCUCAGAGGUUGCCUCGCUUGAUCGUUGAAGUGAUUAGAGAUCGGCCUGAAGCUGAUGAUGAGACUGUCGAGAAAUUAUACAUGUAUCGUUCCCUAGCAGGGCCAAGAAAUGAUGCACCGCCUUUUGUGAUGAUCUUAUAGUGUGAUCCUUUCCACUUAAACUGCUAUCAGGAGGAAGGAAAAAAUUGCAAUCGUCUUCUGAUUCCAUGGAGGAGCAUACUCUGCGUAGGGCAGCUGGUUCCGACCAAUGCAUAAAGGUUGAUCUGAUGGCUGGCCUUCAUGAUACCUAAGACAAUCCUCUUUCUCUUCAUUCCAUGGGAAGAUAGUUCCAGUAUAUCCUCUGCCCCGCAUCCAUUUUCUACUUGUUUGGGUUGCUGAAACAACAUUUCAUUGGAGGAUCACCGAAAUUUCAUAUUCUUUUUCGGUGGAGGUUUUUAUUUCUAUUGCACAUUUGAUAGUCCGAUCAAACAGAUGGCAGAAGGGGAGAUUAGCGUGAGGAUGUUGUAUAAGUAGGCUGUUGCUUGUAGGCCAUUUUCCUAGCACUCAAUUUUGUUUUAAGAGAGAGAGAGAUUACAUGACCGACCACUUCGACUGGUUUUCAGAUGGAAGCUGACCCUUAAAAAUCCUGACCGAAGACUAUUUAUGGCCUCCCAUUCUGUAUGCACAUGACACCAUUCAGGGACUGGUUUAAAGGUCAGGAGGUGAAAUCUGAAACUCCGAAAGAGUCCUUAUUUUAUGUAGGAGUUUUAGCUUAUCAGUGAACAGUAUAAGCAUGAGUGCUUAUUAUUUCAUCUGGUGCUUUUAUUGUUUGGGCAUAUAAACAUAAACAUGAUCUCUAGGACUUGGAAGUUUGUAAUUUUUAACUUUUCCCUUGAUAUAUUACUAUUUCAUUGGCAUAAUGAAUGCAGUGGCCAUAGGGCAUUCAACUGUUGUA